AUGAGUCAAACUCCUAUCCCAGCUGAAUACGACGACACCAGAAUCUUGGGUUACGACCCUUUGGUUCCUCCUGCCUUGUUGCAACACGAAAUCAGAGCUAGCUCCAAAUCCUUGGAAACCGUUAUCAGAGGUAGAAUCGAACUGGCCAAGAUCCUCAACGGUGAAGACGACCGUUGUUUAGUGAUUGUCGGACCAUGUUCCAUCCACGACCCUGAACAAGCCAUCGAAUACGCCCACCGUUUGAAGAAGUUGUCCUUGGAGCUCGAGGACGACUUAGUUAUCGUCAUGCGUGCUUACCUCGAAAAGCCACGUACUACCGUCGGCUGGAAGGGUUUGAUUAACGACCCUGAUGUGGAUAACUCUUUCGAUAUCAACAGAGGUUUGAAGAUCUCCCGUCAAUUAUACUCUGACUUGACCGGUGUCACUGGCUUGCCUAUUGGUUCCGAAAUGUUGGACACCAUCUCUCCUCAAUACUUCGGUGAUUUCUUAUCUUUCGGUGCUAUUGGUGCUAGAACUACCGAGUCUCAAUUGCACAGAGAAUUAGCUUCUGGUUUAUCUUUCCCAAUCGGUUUCAAGAACGGUACUGACGGUGGUUUAACCGUUGCUUUGGAUGCUGUCCAAGCUUCUUCCAAGGGUCACCACUUCAUGGGUGUCACCAAGAAUGGUAUGGCUGCUAUUACUACUACCAAGGGUAACGACAACUGUUUCAUUAUCUUGAGAGGUGGUAAGAAGAUAACCAACUACGAUGCUGAAGCUGUCAAGGCUGCCAAGGAGGCCAUUGCCAAAUCUUCUGCCCCAAGCACCAAGUUGAUGGUUGACUGUUCCCACGAUAACUCUCAAAAGGACUACAGAAACCAACCAAAGGUCUUGGAAUCCGUCGCAGAGCAAAUUGCUGCUGGUGAAGACACUAUUAUUGGUGUCAUGAUCGAAUCUAACAUCAACGAAGGUAAGCAAAGUAUGCCAGCUGCUGGUGAAACCAAGAAGUCCUUGAAAUACGGUGUUUCUAUCACCGAUGGAUGUGUUUCUUGGGAAACCACGGUUGACAUGUUGCAAAAAUUAAGUAAGGCUGUCAAGUCUAGAAGAUCCUUGAAGGCUUAG